GCGGGGGAGGCGGGACUUCCGGUGGCGAAAGGGUCCUCUGAGCGAGGACCGACCAGAGAGAGAACUGCUGUCAGGUUUAGAACCUCAGAUGGAGCGGAGACGUCGAGGAAGCCAUAAUGGAGGCGCUGCUGCUGCCGCCGCCGCCGCCGCCGCCGCCACUGCUGAAGAUGAUGGGAUGCCCACCAAGACUGGGGGUCUGAUGUGUGUAAAAGAAGAGCCAGAGCAUGUAGAAAUGAAUAUGGUGUUAAUAGGAGGAUCGAAAGAGUCAGUUUCCCAAAGCCCCAAACAGAAAAGAGAGCGUGAGAAUCAGGAUUCACAGGAGAUGCAAGACCAAACUGCUUCUGAUGACAUGCUAAGCAGAGCCACAGGAUGCCAAGAGUCAGGUUUAAACAAUGUUGACCAAAUUGUUAUCCAGCAGUUGAUCCAUAUUGGAAAAAGUAAGAUCUCAUGUCGCAAGCAGGAGGACAGCUUCCGUCAGCGCGCUGGCCUUAGUAAAUCUCAGGUUGUCCAUUUUGGGGAGAAACCAUACCUGUGUAUCAUCUGUGAGAAAACCUUCCGCAACCACUCAGGACUUAUGGUACAUCAAAGAAUCCACACAGGAGAGAAGCCAUAUAAAUGCCCUGAUUGCGAGAAGAGCUUCAACCAGCGAUCACACCUGACAUCUCACCGUGGGACCCACACAGGAGAGAAACCCUUUAAGUGCUUUGACUGUGGGAAAAGUUUCAGUUACAACUCAGGGCUGAUAAUACAUCAACGAAUUCAUACAGGUGAGAAACCAUACAAAUGCUGUGACUGUGAGAAAAGCUUCAGUCAGAAAUCCCACCUGCUUUCUCAUCAGAGGACCCACGUGGGAGAGAAAUCCUUUAAAUGCCUCGACUGUGGGAAAAGCUUCAGUUACAACUCUGGCCUUGUUAUACAUCAGCGAAUUCACACAGGAGAGAAGCCCUAUAAAUGCUCCGAUUGUGGGAAGAGCUUCAAUCAGCGGUCACACCUUAUUUCACACCAAGGUACUCACACAGGAAGGAAACCGUAUAUGUGUAAGGACUGCGGGAAGAGCUUUAGCUUUAACUCUGGUCUUGUGAUCCACCAACGGCUUCAUACAGGAGAGAAACCUUAUAAAUGUUCCAACUGUGGGAAAAGUUUCAGCCAGAAGUCACACCUCAUUUCACACCAGAGAGUGCAUAGUGGGUAACAAUCCUGACUCAUUGAGGUUAACUUUAUAUAAGAGACUAAUUUCUGUUGACAUAAGCAGAAGCCAUGGAUAUAUUGUUCUCUAGUUAUUAACUUGUGGAUAGCAGCACAUCACCAAUCUUUCCCAACCAGUGUUUAUCAAGGCAGUGCACUUGUUUUAGAAUUUUAAAAGCAAGUUUACAUGUGUGUCUUUGACAUUUGGUGAAUUGUAACAAAGAGAAUGGCUGUACAUUCCAGCCCCACCACACCCAAAAGUAGAUUCAGGCAAAAAGAGGGAUGCAUGUACAAACACUCAUAAUGCAAAAAUACCAGCAGAGAAGUUGAGUAAUUUUUAUUUUUAUGAGGGUGAAGAAACACCCUUGCACUUCAAUGUAUCUGUUUUUAUUCAUUUAUCUUAAUGAAGUUAUGUACCACCUAUUUAAAACAGCAUCUCAAAGGGGUGCUCAAUUUAAAAAAAAACAUUUAAAAUAUAACUAAAACAAACAUGAAAUAAACAUCUAUUAAAAUGUAAAUAAACUUUAAAACUUAAUGCUAAUGAAUGGACUGUAACUUCACUGGCUGUGCUGGCUAAGAUGAUUGGGAGUUGCAGUCCAUUAACAUAGAGAGGACUGUAUGAUUCCCACCCCAAUCUAGAGCCUCCAGAUUCGAUUGCUGCAAUAUAUUCUGUAUGGGACUGCCCUUGAAGAGCAUUCAGACAUUUCAGCUGCUGAGGUUGUGUUUGGUACCACCUUUUAAAAAUCUAGGUUUUUUUUAAUUUGCAUUUGUUGCCAGUUUGCUUCUGAGCAUUAUUCAAAGUACUGGUUAUUACCUAAAGAAUCAUGGUACUUGAAAUAUUAUUUGAUCAGAGCUGUCCUUUGCAAUCAUCUGGAGAGGCCCUGAUUUAUAUCCUGUUGCCAUGACCCAGGACAGGGUCUUUUCAUUUGUGGCACCCAUGUUUUGACAUUUACCCAUUUCCUGGGGUAACCUCUUCUUUGCUGGGUGUUUUGACAAUUUGUGUGAAGAAAAUUGUAUAAAUAAUAUUAAUAAUAAUUACCACCUCUUUGAUUUGGUUUAGGCCUUCCCUCUACUCUACAACCCUCUCUCCUGAUUUCUAAUUUAGAAAAAACCCCACCUGGUUUCUGUUUUUCAGUCCAAACUUUAUUUGGUUUAAUCUGGUUUUAGUCAUGUUUAGAGUAAACUCACUGAAAUUAGUGGGACAUCAGUUGGUAGGUAUGGUUUAACUGUAACCAAGCCUGGACCUAACUUGUCAUUUUGUGGCUUGUAUGUUGUGUUAACAGAUGUAAACUGCUCCAACAGGCCUAUAAGGGGCUGGAAGGCAGGAUAUAAACAUUUUAAUUAUUCAAUUUGUGAUUUCUUAUUAUUUUAAACUCAAUCACACCACUGAGAACAAUGUAACUGAAAACAACACUCAUAUUCUGAAUGUUGCUGUUUAUGUUACUAUAUAUUACAGUACCGUAUUCCCUAAAAUGGAUUGUGAUAAUAAUUAUUAGUCUCAUUGUAUUUCUGUACUGUUAUGUGUUGACAAUUCUUGUAAUAAUAGACAUGCCUGCUUGCAAUAAAUGGAGUGUGCAAUGACCA